GUUCUUGAUAAGAAGUACUUGCUAGACUUCAAGAUUUCAGAAGAGAGGUGAAAGUAUAUUGCAACUUUAGUUGGACUGACAUUAAACCACAGGUGGAGACAAUGUCACAAGUUAAAUCCUCUUACUCCUAUGAUGCUCCCAUGGACUUCAUCAAUUUUACAUCUUUGAGUGAUGAGGAAGAUCCCCAAAACAUAGAUUCUUGGUUUGAAGAGAAGGCCAAUUUGGAGAAUAAGUUUCCUGGGAAGAAUGGGACAGGGCUUUUUCAGGACAGAACUCCUAUGAGAAAAGCAAAUCCUCAGCAAGCUAUUGUGACACCUUUGAGACCAGUUGAAAACACUUACUACAAAGAGUCAGAAAAAGAAAAUCUGGAGCAACAGUCCAUUCCCUCAAAUGCUUGUUCUGCUGUGGAAGUCAAGGGGACCACCUCAAGAAAUACUCCAUCUCAGCCUCUGAGGAGAUCUGUUAGACUCUCUGCUCAGAAAGAUUUGGCACAGAAAGAAAAACACCAUGUAAAAAUGAAAGCCAAGAGAUGUGCUACUCCUGUAAUCAGCAGUGAAACUCCACCCUCCAAAAGAAUGAAAGUACAGAAGAUUCUAAAAAGUACUGAGGAGCAAGAGUUGGAGAAGAGCAUGAAAAUGCAGCAGGAGGUGAUGGAGAUGCGGAGAAAGAAUGAAGAAUUCAAGAAACUUGCUCUUGCAGGAGCAGGGCAACCUGUGAAGAAAUCAGUGAGCCAGGUAACCAAAUCAAUCAACUUCCACUUCCGCACAGAUGAGCGAAUCAAACAACAUCCUCAGAACCAGGAGGAGUAUAAGGAAGUGAACUUUACAUCUGAACUGCGAAAACAUCCUCCAUCUCCUGCCCGAGUGACUAAGGGAUGCACCAUUAUAAAGCCUUUUAACCUGUCCCAAGGAAAGAAAAGAAAAUUUGGUGAAACAGCUUCUCCAUAUGUGCCUAUUGCACAGCAGGUCGAAGCCUUCUAUAAACGAACCCCUAACAGAUAUCACUUGAGGAGCAAGAAGGAUGAUAUUGCUCUGUUACCCUCCAAAUCUGCUGUGGCCAAGAUUUCCAGAGACCCGCAGACUCCUGUGUUGCAAACCAAACAGCGCACAAGGCCUGUGACCUGCAAAAGUGCAGCAGAUCAGGAGGCCGAGGAGCUCGAGAAACUGCAACAAUAUAAAUUCAAAGCACGGGAACUUGAUCCCAGAAUUCUUGAAGGUGGGCCCAUCUUGCCCAAAAAACCGCCUGUAAAGCCACCCACUCAGCCUAUUGGCUUUGAUUUGGAAAUUGAGAAAAGAAUCCAGGAGCGUGAGUCAAAGAAGAAAGCAGAGGAUGAACACUUUGAAUUCCAUUCCAGACCUUGCCCAACCAAGAUCUUGGAAGAUAUUGUGGGUGUUCCUGAAAAGAAAGUACUUCCAAUCACUCUUCCCAAAUCACCAGCCUUUGCAUUAAAGAACAGAAUCAGAAUACCCACCAACGAUGAGGAAGAGGAACCGGUAGUGAUAAGAGCUCAACCUGUGCCACAUUUUGGGGUGCCUUUUAAGCCCACUAUCCCAGAGGCAAAAACUGUGGAAAUAUGCCCUUUCUCUUUUGAUUCUCGAGACAAAGAACGCCAGUUACAGAAGGAGAAGAAAAUAAAAGAACUACAGAAAAGGGAGGUGCCCAAAUUCAAGGCACUUCUUUUGCCUGAUUUUGACACUGUUAACCUGCCAGAGAAGAAGGUGAAGAAUGCAACCCAGAUUGAGCCUUUUUGCUUGGAGACUGACAGAAGAGGUGCUAUAAAGGCACAGACUUGGAAGCACCAGCUGGAGGAAGAACUGAAACAGCAGAAGGAAGCAGCUUGUUUCAAGGCUCGUCCAAACACCGUCAUCUUCCAGGAGCCCUUUGUUCCCAAGAAAGAGAAAAAAUCCUCAUCUGAGGGCCUUUCUGGUUCUCUAGUUCAGGAACCUUUUCAGUUGGCCACUGAGAAGAGAGCCAAGGAGCGACAAGAGAUGGAGAAGAAAAUGGCUGAGGUGGAAGCCCAGAGAGUCCAGCAGUUGGAGGAGGCCAGGCAGCAGGAGGAAGAGGAGCAGAAGAAGGAGCUGGCCAGGCUACGGAAAGAACUGGUGCACAAGGCAAACCCAAUACGCAAGUACCAGGGGGUGGAGGUAAAGUCAAGUGACCAGCCUCUGACUGUGCCUGUAUCUCCCAAGUUCUCCACACGAUUCCACUGUUAAACUCAAGUUUGAGCUUCAGACACCACCUGGGAACGAGCUGCUUUUUCCAUCAAACCAGGAGCCUUCUUUCUCUGUCACGGGGGCAUGGAGAGAACCCAUUUCUUCAGACUUAUACCUACCUGGGCCUGUCAGAGCAUACCUAAUAAGUGUGGACUUUAAUUUUGUUGAGAAUUGUUAUCCUGCAUUAUUGAGGCUAAUAAUGAGACUCAACUCAUACAUAUCUCGUUCAGACUCCAUGUAGUUAUUUCCUUUGAACCAUCAGUUGACGUUUAAAAUGGGUUUUAACUUUGAAGUCUAUAUCAGCACUAAGUAAUUUCUGUUACCCCUUUCCUCCCCCUUUGCCUUUUUUUUUUUCUAUUUUAAAUCAGAGAAUAAAGAUAGUUAA